AUGAAUGUUUCCACAUCAACAUUUCAAACAAGACGAAGAAGAUUGAAGAAAGUGGAGGAAGAAGAGAAUGCCGCCACUUUGCAACUGGGUCAAGAAUUCCAAUUGAAACAGAUAAACCACCAAGGCGAAGAGGAAGAGCUGAUUGCUUUGAAUCUGAGCGAAGCUAGACUAGUAAUUAAGGAAGCUCUGAUAGAACGUAGGAGAGCAUUUAAAAGAUCACAAAAGAAGCAUAAGAAAAAGCAUUUGAAGCAUGAAAAUGCCAACGAUGAAACGACAGCCGUGGAGGACGACGAUGACGACUUGGACGAAGAUGACGUUGAUGCAGAUGAUGACGAUUUCAUGCACUCUGAAACUAGAGAAAAGGAGUUGGAGUCUAUCGAUGUCCUUUUAGAACAGACCACGGGCGGAAAUAAUAAGGACUUGAAAAAUACCAUGCAGUACUUGACAAAUUUUUCUCGAUUUAGGGACCAGGAAACCGUGGGAGCAGUUAUACAACUUCUGAAAAGUACUGGUUUACAUCCGUUUGAAGUGGCACAACUGGGUUCUUUGGCCUGUGACACUGCCGAUGAAGCAAAAACAUUGAUUCCGAGUUUAAACAACAAAAUAUCUGACGAUGAGUUGGAAAGAAUACUAAAGGAACUGUCAAACUUAGAAACCCUCUAUUAA